AUGGAUCGACUCAAAGCCAGGUGGGAAGCUUUCGAGCCAGAUCAUCCUAGAAUUCGCAAAAUUGUUGACGCGGUGAAGCCAUACGCUCCGCCAGUGAACUUCAUUACAAUUCACUAUGCGUACUUCAUUGGCGUUACAAUUGUGGGGACGUUGAUUUUCUGGGGCGCGUCAAAUCCAUCAAAAAGCAUCGGAUGGUGGGAUUGCAUGUUCAUGUGUAUGAGCGCGAUGACCGCUUCCGGACUCAAUUCCGUAAACGUUAGUCAACUCACUACGUUUCAACAAGUGGAGCUGGCGGUUUUAAUGAUGAUGGGAAGUCAGGUGCUGGUCAGCUAUUUUACUGUUGCCUUCAGGAAACACAUCUUUGAGAAGAGGUUUGAGGAUAUUGUGGAGGCGGAGACAGAGAGGCGAAAUGCGCGAAAGGGAGACGUUGGAGCUGUGAUGGGUAUGACGGGAGCAAUGUUUGGAUUACCAGUCAUGGGGUCAUUUGGGAAGGGCAAGGCGGGAACUAAGACGAGAGGAUUGACGAAGGUUGUGACGCCUGCAGAGAGACGCGCGGAGGAUGUACCGCCCAGCACACCGAUUACCGAAAACCAUGCCCAGACGGGGCUUUCACCGAUCUCGCCUCUAUCAAGAGAAAAAAGCCCAUCACAGCACAUCGGUUUUAUGGAUCCCAUACAAGAGCGUAUGUCUCACGAAAGGCCCAUGUCGUCAACGACGGGACACUCGAUCUACCAGGUCCACAGCCAACAGAGCGUUUCGAAGCGUCGCCGCUCAAUGGCCGAGGAGUCCAAGCUAGACGACAGCUUCAACGUGCAGACCUUUCUCAAAGAGCAAAAGCGCAAUAUUGGUCGGAAUGGUCAGUUUUUCAAUCUGUCGUCAGAUCAGCGAGAGUACCUAGGCGGUGUUGAGUACCGAGCGCUCAAAUUCCUCUCUAGAUUCGUUCCGGCCUACUUUGUACUCUGGCAGUUAUUCGGUGGUAUCGCGCUAGGGGCAUACAUGUCCGUUCACGAGAGGGAGGCUUGCGCUGUCAAUGCGCAAAAUCCUUGGUGGGCAGGCAUCUUCCUCGCUAUCUCUGCGUACAGCAACGCUGGUUUCACGCUGCUAGAUGCAGGCUUCAUACCUUUUCAGUCCUCUUACUACGUCCUCGUUAUCGUAACGAUAUUGUCGCUCGCUGGACCUGCCUCCUUCCCCGUCGUUGUGCGCUUCCUGAUCUGGAGCAUGUCUACACUUCUUAAUCUCUUCUCUAAAGACAAGGAGUACGGCGUAUGGAAGGAAGGCUUUGACUUCAUCCUCAAGUUCCCGCGACGCGUAUAUACCAGCAUGUUCCCUUCACGGGACACCUGGUUAUUCAUCGCAACCUUCACCUCGUUUGUAGUGGUAGACUGGGUUCUGAUCCUCAUUCUCAGCAUUGGAAACCCGACCAUGGAGGUCAUCCCUCUUGGUCAACGCGUCUUCAUCUCCCUAUUCGAAGGUUUCUCGAUCCCGACUGGAGGUUACGCUAUCGUCCCGCCCUCAGGGAUGUAUUUCGACGUUCAAGUCUUGUGGUUGGUCGUCUUCUACACCGCAGCGUAUCCACACAUCAUCACUAUGCGCAAGACCAACGUAUAUGAGGAGAGAUCUCUGGGUAUCUACGAGGGCGAUGAAGCUGAGCCAGAACAGCUCCAUUCCGCGUCCAGCUCACUCUUCGAUGUCGACGCUGAGAUAGCGUCGUUGCCUACCGCUAAAUCAGAGCAAGAGAAGAAGCGCCUUGCGCCCAUAAAAUCACUUGGUCAAGCCGGCCGCCGUAGCACUGCCUUUGUAGGCCGCCAACUUCAGCAUCGCAUGACGGCCUUUCAGGGCGUCGGUGUCGCACCCAUAUCGUCCACAGCGCCUGCACCGUUGAAGCGAUCGAAAACCAUAGACUUCAACCGCGCAACCUCUAUCCACUCGCUCUCCUCACAUCCACAGACCCGACCACCCUCUCUCUUCAGCCAACAAGUCCGAGGCCAGCUUUCGCACGAUGUAUGGUGGAUAGCCCUCGCACUCUUCCUCAUCACACUCAUCGAGACACACCACUCCAUCGAAGACCCGCGCACAUACAGCGUCUUUACCAUCUUGUUUGAGAUUGUGAGUGGUUACACGACUAUUGGAAUUAGUAUCGGGUUGCCGGAUCAAGCGUACAGUUUCAGUGGUGGCAUGUAUACGGGCAGUAAGAUCAUUAUGAUUUUGACCAUGUUGAGAGGAAGACACAGAGGGUUACCUGUGGCGCUUGAUCGGGCGGUUAGGCUACCGGGGAAGAAAUUGGCCGAGAUGGAAGAGGAAGAUGCGGAUAUUAAGAGUAUUUUUUCUCAGUGA